AUGAUUUACCAAUACCAUUUACAAACUGAAUCAGAAAAUUCUUCACUAUGUUAUGCAGAUUUUACAAUUGAUUCAUUUCGAGAAAAAUUAAUUUGUGUACAUGAGAAUCAUCAAAAUGAGAAUAAUGUUCAAAAUACAAUUAUUAGAAUUUCAUUAAAUGAUUCAUCAUCAAUGAAUACACUUGUGUCUGGUUAUAAUUUUUAUUCAUCACCAAAAAUAAGUUCAGAUAUGAAAAUAUUUAAUAUGGAUUUGUUGGAAUCAUCUAAAUAUGCCAUGGGAUCAAACUGA